UUCUCUCUUAUGAUUUAAUAUUUAUAGUUGUGUCAUAGUUUACCACCGUAACAGUAAUUAAUUAUUUAUUUUAAUAGAAUUGUCUAAUGUGAACAAUACUCUCGACAAGUAAUGCGCACAUAUAAAAGACUUAUGCUAAUACUUUUACACAUAUACGAAUAAAGUUUAUCAAAUGUGAACGCGAUUUUUUAGAAGUUUUAUUUUCUUAGAGAUAUUAAUAUAUAAAAUAGAUUUAUUAUUUCAAACGCUAUCUGAAAUAGUUGGGAAUUUUCACAAAGAUAACCCAAAGAACCAUUAGCUACUGACCUUGAUAAACCUGCUUGAAGAAAGUUUUUAUGACGUAUAUAUUGUGUUUUUCCAUACUUAUUAUCAGUCAUAUGCUGACCGUUCUUGAAGAGCUGCUACAGAAAACACCGACUGGACAAAAUAUAAUACAUACUUGUGCAUAUUAACGUAUAUGUUUAAAAAUGAAGAUUUUUAUCCUCGUAACGCUAAUUGCUCUAAGUGUAGAAGCUCAUAUUUGGAAUCAUCACAGAAAUUCACGGCCUCUGUUGCCAGUCUUACAUGAUCAUAUACAAUUUAGAAAUGGUUAUCAUCAAAAUAGAUUCUCUAGAUACCCCCAACAUAAUUAUCCAGAAGUGAAUUUUAAUAUAGAUCAGUUUAUUACCGAUGCUGAAUGGAUUUGUAAGAAUGUAAAUACAGGUGCCACGUUAAUAUUACCAUCAAAAACAGAAGAUCAAAGAGAUGAUCAAAGAGAAGAUCAAACGACGAAACCACCUGAUCAUUCUUCCCUAGAUUCCGUAGAAACUAAACAUCAGGAUAACUGGAAUCAAGAAAAUACUAAUACUCAUAAUGCUCAUGUGGUUACCGAAGAUGUUAAAAAAGCACAUAUUGUAAAGAAUUUCGGAGGAGAAGGUCUCAUUGACAUAAGGUUAGCAGCAUAAUAAUUUUUCAUUAGAGUCUCAUUGAACAUCAAUCAAUUAUUUCUAGCGAUGAAAUAAAACAACGAGAUACGUGACGUUUAUAUAUAGAGGGUUAAAUUUAUAUUUAUACUUCACUAUUUGCUGUUUCUUUUUUCCUUAUAAAUAUUAAUAAAACUUUCGUAAUUUUAUAAAAAUUUUUGAGAAGAAAGUUAGUAACAAAUCGUAUAAAGAAUAUUAUAUGCUUUUUCUUUGACUUUUGUACAUAUAUUUAACAAUAUAUACGAUCAUCAAUUUCUGUGGUUGAAAUGUAUUUUGUUUAUGUACUAAAGGAUCUUUGGCUGUACCAAAAGUAUCUGCAUAAGUAUGAAAUAUAAAAUAAUAUGUAUAAAAUUACUUUUAAAUAUCUGAAUUGUAAAUAU